UCGAAACAAUCGAAGAAAGCUUGGUGCGUACCUUUAGAGAGAAUAAUGCAGCGCUUCUUGGGGAGAAAUGAAUAUGAUAUGUGGGAUUUGUUUGUCCCUGUCGUCAAUAAGGUUGAACUUAAGCGUGAAUAACCCAAGGAAAUGGCACAGAAGCUUCGAAGCGCGAGGCAGAAGUACGCGUACCCUAGUUUCGGACAGAUUGCUCAUAUUCUUGAAGUCAUCAAGCUAUAGGAGCCACGAGAGUCAAAGUAGAAUUUCUACUCCAUACCGGUACCAUUAUACCAUCGGAUUUUCAAGGGUAAAGUAGGGUAUAUAUCGCUAACGCACAGCAGAACUGAGAUUUAACUCCACUCAUGAUGCAUCAAGAAGAUUACACCAUCUACUCGUGGUCAUCGCUUAUGAAGAGCAUGGAUAUCACUGAGGCCAUAGGAAGUGUUCCAAACCUUACCGCCCUCCCAGCAGACUAUAGCACUGCUCAAAUCACAGAUAUCUCUACAGCCCUGGGCAUCUCAACGCCGACACCAACGCUGAGCCCAUUCGAGGAGCACGCCUUCACCACGAUCCUCUGGACGGUUCACCACGUCCUCGACCCAAUCGUCCUGGCGUUCGGACUCCUCGGGAACAUCCUGGCGUUCCUUGUGUUGCUGCAGCCAAGGUACCGGAACCAGACGACAUGUCUCUACAUGAGGAUUCUGGCCGUGUUUGACACUUUAAUCAUCCUUCUCAAGAAUGUGCAGCGCACGGUUAUAAUGUGGAACCCGAACAUGUUGAACGAUUACGAACUGGGCAGGUGGUUUUGUCCCCAGUACUGGUUCUUUUCCUACCACAUCUACGGCCUCAGCAACUGGACUGUCGUCUGCAUGACCUUUGACAGAUUCAUUGCAGUCUGCUAUCCGUUCAAGGCCUCCACAUGGUGCACGAAAAGGAGAGCCAAGAUCUCGGCUGCCUUGAUCGUGGUGAGCAUGUCCGCGCUACAGGCCCCGAGCCUCCUGACAGAGCCGGACAGGGACAACAUCAACCUGGGCAAGAACACUUGCGCCUACAAGAAAGAGUUCAUAGCGCCCUGGUACCCGAAUGUCAGGAAUAUCCUUUUCUGCCUGGUUUCACUUGGGGCGCCUUUGGUCAUCGUCGGAGUAUUCAAUAUAGGUAUCGUGGCUAAGGUUAUCGGUCGAAAGCAGGAACAGGAAAAGAUGGGAGUCGCUAAAGGUGGUUCUAAAGCUGACCAGAAGAGCGCCCAAGCCUUGGUCCUCUUGUUCAUUGUAACUGGCGUAUUCGUGUGCACAAACUUGCCUUGGGUGUUGGACCAGUUGGUCUGGGAGUAUCUACUCGAAUGGGCCACUGGGGAGGACUACAAGGAUAACUACAGAUUGACGAGGCUCAGGCCUGUUGUGUAUGAGGUGUUGAUGUUUUUCCUUUUCACCAACUCCUCCGUAAAUUUCUACAUCUACUGCAUGGGCUGCAGAAAGUUCAGGAAGGAUCUAAUCAAAAUGAUCAAAGGCGGUUACGGGAAAUCAGAGCAAUUCACUUCAAACGGAUCGACUGGAUCCGUAUAUACGGCAGAAACAAAAGUGGAUACCAAAUUAUAAAUUGCUGGCCGUUUCCUGGUCACGUUUCUACUUUACUUCUGUUUAUAAGAGUCCAAUAUGGUUCAAAUAUUGGAGCCAUAUAUAUUUUAGAAAAGGCUCUAAAGGCGCUUUUUAAUUCAUGCCAGAGGAAAUCGGACGUCUUGAUAUGUUCGACGUCUCAACAGAAUAUCUUCUCACUGUGAAUGUGGAGCUGGAUACCAGACUCCGGCUAAUGUGCUUCAGACCUGCUCCCAUGAAGAUUAGAGAGUAAUACUGGCCAAAGCACACCAUCCUGACCAUCCACAAAGCUUUGGCGCUCUAUGGUGCAACUCGAGGACAGCCGACUUUAUUACCGAAAACGGACAGACUGUCUGGCGUGCACCUCAAACAUUCCGAAUUCAUAAGAAGAAGAAGUUUGACGCCUCAGCUCAUCAGUUCAUACCACAGAUACAAAAGUCGAUUAUCUUGUUGUACGUUUCCUA